AUGUCCCACACCCAUUCUUCAUCUUCGACUCUAAGACUCGGAAGCAAACCCAAGAUUGAUCAUGACUCGGUAGUAGUCAAUCCUGUCAUGUCUGCCACUUUGAUGGACAUGGGAUUUUCUAAAUUCAAGUCAGGAAGAGCUCUUCAAAUGGUAAACAAUAUUUCCAUUGAUGCAGCCAUUCAAUACAUUUACGAUCAUUUUAAUGAAUUGGAUCAAGAAGAAUUAAUUGCAGGAGCCUCUGAUCAGACAUCUUCCACCAGUGCUCCUACAACAACCACCACCACCACCACCACCACCACCUUCACCACUCCUUCAUCAACCCUCCCCUCAUCCACACCCAGCAACACAGAAACACCAACUUCAUCAUCCCUUGCUGGUAUCCCAGUGAUACACCACAAUCCAAACAAACUCAAAGGAGAUACUCUCGAAAACAAGUUAGCCUUUGCAGAGAGAGAACGUUUGAAGGAACAAGAGCGAUUGAAAAAAGAAAAAUUGGAAGAAAAAAAAAGAAUCAAGGCUUUGAAAGAACAAAUGAAACGAGAGAAGGAAGAAAAGAUGAUGAAACAAACAGGAGUGAGUAGUAGUAGUGGUAGUAGUAGUGCUGCUUCGGCUUCUACAAGUGGAAGUAGUUGCAGUUCAUCCUCCUCUUCCAAUGUGGCUCUCAUUCAAGUCCGAUUAUCUUCAGGCACUACUGAAAAGGUUCAAUUGAAUGCUGAUGAUCAUUUGGAUGCCUUAUUUGCUGCAAUUUCUAAUCAAUUAGAUCCAAAUGAAGCUUACAGUAUUUUGACUACAUUUCCACGUAAAGAAUUCUUUGCAGAAGAUUGGAAUCAAACAACAUUGCGUUCAGCUGGAUUAGUACCAAAAGGUUCAGUCAUUGUCCAAUUGACUAAAAAUAAGGGAAUGGUAAUCAAGGCAACAACUUCCACACCAACUGGAUCAUUAGCAACAACAGGAGGAGGUAAUACUAUGAACGACGACGAUAGCAGUGAUGAUGACAAUGGCAGUACAACAACAACAACCUCUUCUUAUACUUCAAGCAGUCGAGUACUUGGUUCUUCUUCGAACCCAAUUCCAGAAGAAAAUGCUAUCAAAACCAUUCUUAAUUCAGUUGUGAAUUUCAAUAAGGAUAGUUAUACUUUAUUGCUAUGUGAAAAGCAAUGGAUUCUUUCCAAGUUAGAAUCAGGAACUAGUGAUUCUCAACACGUUGUCUAUCGACAUUUGGGAGAUUCUCAUUUGGCUGGUUCUUCUCUCAAUGAAUGUGUCUUGUAUUCUGCUCUUGGCCAUGUGAGUAUGUCAUCCAAUGGUGAGACCAUGGUUGGUACUUGGAGAUUUAUACAUCAACAUGGUGGUGGAGUGUGUAUUGAAAUUACCAGUCAAAAUAUGGUUCAAGUCAUGCACAUUGAGUCACUCACGAACGAAUGUUUAAUUUUGAAGAGAAUUGAAAAAUAA